AUGGUGGCGCGCGGCGAGUGGGACCCCAAGGAGGACCGCCUGCUGGUGCGCGCGCUGCUGACAGGCGGCGCCGCGGAAGAGCACGAGGUCGACUGGGGGGCUGCGGUGCCCGGCCGCAGCGAGGCGCAGGCCCUCAAACGCUGGCGCCUGAUGCUUAAAGCCCUGGCGCCAGAGUGCCGCGGCUCGUUCGGCGCGGCUGUGCAGGAGGCCGCGCACCGCAUCUGGGGGGCCGCGAGGAUGGCCGCGGCUGCAGAGGCAGCAGGGCAGCAGGACAAGGGGACCGCUGAGUAA